AUGUGGCAACCCCAUUCCACAUAUGAGCUCCAAACAUGGAGAACAGUUACAUCAAGACUUGCUUUUGAUAAUCAAUUGAGAACGAUAGAGGAAAAUGAAUGUGCAAAUGAAGAUGAUUCCUGUAGGAAAUAUCAGUUCAGCGACAUGUCUGCAAGAAAUCCGGUUACUAAAAUGCAACAAAAUUCUUUCCAUAGGCAGCAGGCACAGCUUGGUAAUUAUAAGUGGUGCAACUACAAGACACUUCCACCUGCUGAAAUGCUCCCAAGAAAUGAAGUCUUGGGAGGUUACAUUUUUGUAUGUAACAAUGAGACUAUGCAAGAGGACCUUCGACGCCAACUCUUCGGGCUUCCACACAAGUACAAGGACUCUGUUAGGGCAAUAACACCAGGCUUACCCCUUUUCCUUUAUAACUACACAUGCCAUCAGCUGCAUGGAGUAUUCCAGGCUGUGAGUUUUGGAGGGUCAAAAAUAGACCCAACUGCAUGGGAAGACAAGAAGUGUAAAGGGGAAUCAAGAUUUCCAGCUCAGGUUAGGAUUGGAUUCAAGAAGAAAUGCAAACCACUAGAAGAAGAUGCUUUUAGACCAAUUUUAUACCACUAUGAUGGCCCCAAGUUCCGAUUACAACUCUCUGUGCCAGAGGCCCUUGCAUUGCUAGACAUGUUCAAUCAGGAGGAGCUUUAA